AUGCGGAGGUUUGCGACGUCCCUUAAGCGGAUGCAUUACCGCUAUUCAAGUUCUUAUGCGGCGGGCCUUUUUAACUUCAAGAUUGUAACUGGGGAGAUGUUUCCUUAUCCUUGUCGAAAACUUGACGGUGAUGAGGCAGAAAAUCUUCAGUUUGUCCUGGAAAGUAUACGCAGCAAUAAUAAUCCACUCACAAAUCUUUAUGGUGCACGAAUUGCCCCAGAGUACGGUGGCUUGGGCCUUGGACAUACUGCACAUGCCCUUAUUUAUGAAGAAAUAGGCACCAAAUGUGAUGACAAGUUGCUCUCUACCAUUCGGCACGGUGGCGUUUGCACCUAUCUCUUGGCGACAGCUGGGGCUAACGAGGUGAAGGGGAAGUACUUGACGGCAAUGUCUGACGGCACCAUUAGAAUGGGGUGGGCAAUUGAAGAAGAUGGUGUUGGCAGCGACAUCAGUAUGAAUGCUUCUCAGGCUAUUCUUCACGAUGGUGAGGGUUAUAGGUUGUCAGGUAAAAAACGCUGCUUUGAUGCGGCAUCUUCCACACAUUUUUUGGUGUUGGCCAAGACCCUCACUCAAACUGCAACAGAUGACGGUGCUGCCGUUGCGCAUCGCAGUUCGUUUUUUAUUUGUGCAAAGGAUGCUCCGGGAUUGAAAGUUGAGGGAAAUGAUGUCAUUCUAGACAAUACACCUGCUUCUGAUGUUGUUGGAGUAAUUGGUGAGGGCUUCAAAAAUGCGAUGAUCACAUUGUUUACAGAACAGUACCUUUAUGUGGUGUCGCUGUUAGGUAUUAUGAAGCGUGUUCUGGAAGAGCUUCAGGGUUUGAAUGGAGAGAAGGGGAUUGCAGACGUCGUCGCGUCCUGUGCUUGCGCGAUAUAUGGUAUGGAAUCUGCUGUUUAUGCGUUGACAGCUAAUAUGGAUAUACCAACCGAAGACAGUUUGUUGGAAUGCACGCUUGUUAGCUCAUUUGUACGUGCGACCACAACACACUGGCUUCAAAGGCUUGGGGUAUUACUGCCUCCAAACGAGUCAAUAGACAAUUGUUUUCGUCACGCCAACACCCUUUUCAGCCUGAUGGAGUCAAGGGACUUUCUUUACGCUACUGCUGCGUGCUGUGGUAUUGAAGAUUACGGUCUUUUCUUCCAGCAGGCCACAACAUUGCAAAUGAUGCAGGCAAGGACACUUCGCUCGCUAGGUGUACGUGAUCGUGUCCCUACAAAAGAUAUCGCGGAUGCCUCAUUAAUCGAUGAGGUAGUUGUGAAGUUUGGUGAUGCUGUGGAGGCAACAUUCGUUAGAAACGGUUCCCAGGUUCAAUACCAACAGCUGCUUCUUAACAGAAUUGGAGAAGCGGCAUCUCUUCUUUAUGCAGCAUCAGCCGUCGCAUCGCGUGCUUCUAUGUGCGCUGCGAAAGGACUUCCUUCAUCAAAGGUUGAGAAACAGCUAGCAUCAAGCUUUAUUCGUUAUUCUGUGGAGCGUGCCAAGGUCCUUAGUGAAGAAAGCUGCAAUAUUGGUAGGACAGCAGAUGAUGUUUGCAAACGCAUCACCCUGGAUCUUUGCGAAGAUUUACUGCAGUAG